UUCCGGUUUAAGUCUGACUGCUUGUUGUGGAGCUUGACUUGUGGUAGCCGCGUCUCACGACUGAUCCACACGUCCUGUUCUUCAGGUCAACAUUUUUUCAUUAAUAAUACAUCUUAUGAGUACAGGACGUCUGUAAUUGUAGCUGCCAGAACGUUAUUUUACACAUCAGUGACGCGUCACUCUGGUUCGUUAGCAUCUUUAAGCUAGCUAACGGUAGGUUAGCAAAGCAGUACCAGGGAUGGCAGAGGUUCCCGGGACAUCAAGUGAGACGAUAACGGAGACAGUACAGACGAGCACGCCGCCACCGCCCCAGCAGGAGGGACGAAGCUUGACAAUCAAGCUGAGGAAGAGAAAGACUGAGAAGAAGGUGGAGUGGUCUAGUGACACCGUCGACAAUGAACACUUGGGAAGAAGGUCUUCAAAGUGUUGCUGUAUUUAUGAGAAGCCCCGACAGUUUGGAGAGUCGUCCUCUGAAAGCGAGGGAGACGAUGAUGAUGAAGGGUGUGGCAGUGCUCACUGUAUCCUGGGCCACGGCAGGAGAGGUCAUGGACAGAGGGGGGGCGGGGAGGCCACAGUGCCUCCAAACUCUGGAGGGUCACACACCCACUAGUGAGCACUGAGGCUGAUUGUGGGGUUUUCUCAACACCACGGUGACACAUUACAAAACUGCACUCUUGUUUUAGUUUAGCUCCAUCACUGGCAAACCUGGUGCUGUGUUGCAGUCAUGAGUCAGAAAGUCCCAGCUGUCUGAGCAGAAUUACAAUGUCUGCACUGCUGCUCUGCUCUGAAACACACAGAGCAACAUCAUGGAUUAUUGAAUUAGGCUAAUUGAAAAUCAUGCCCUCCUUUAAAUAUCUAAAAGCAUGCUCAGUAUUGUGCUGAACAACAUAUGUAACGUGGAAUGAUGGCUCAUUCACAAAGUGGGCAUAAUGUUAAUAAAGGGUAAUUUCAGUGUUUUUGCAUGUUUUAGCCCUUUUAAAAUACAUCAUGCACCAUAUGCAGUACAUUACUGUUGCACAUUUCCAAAGCAUGUAAUAUAAUGGUAGAUUUUCAAAUGCUUUUGUGUUUUCUGGUCAGCCGUUGGCAUCCAUACCUUUCACUAUGCUAUGAAAAUAAACUUUAAGGUUUGUAAUCCAUCACAUUGAUCUUUAUGCUUUUAUUUUAGUCCGUGUUGUGUGGACAUACAAUUAAGGUCAUAACUGAUGACCCGAUAAUCUGCCAAAUAUUUUUUCAGUUAAAUAAGUAUUUUUUUCAAUAUUAUUUUUGUCAACAGAAGUUUUGCAAUCUUGUGAAAAUGAUUGCAAGCAAAAUAGAUGCAAAUUAUUUUUUAUGACAAUCAACUUAUGGAUAAAAGUUUUAUUUAGUAAUUCAUUAGUUUUUUGGUUCUUUUAGAAUGUCAAAGAAAAAACAGGCAAGCUUGAGUCUUGAAAUGACAUUUUAAAAUGGAUUGUGUUUGUCAAAAACUCAAAUAUAUUAACUUAUCUGAUUACACUGCUCAAACAACAGUUUUCAGUUGAUCAGCUGGUUUUUAAACAAAAUGCAUCAUCACCCACUGCCCAGUGGUAACUAGUUUUAUGUUACACAUUUUGGCCUAUUUGCCCUUUCUACAAACCACACUUAGACACAUUACAGAACUCUAGUCUAGGAAGAGCUACAGGACUUGAACAAUACAUUGUCAUACUGUAAUAUUGAGUGGCUGCCAAUGACACACACAAAACCAUUUCAAAAGUACUUUGGAAAAUGGUCAUCAGCAGUAAUGUAAGGUCAUCACUUUACUAAAACGUAAAAAGCAUCAAUUAUAAUAUCACUGUAAUCAGAACAGGCUCCAUGCCUCUAUUUCCAAGACAAAAUGCAAUCGCACUGCACCGUCUGCAGCAGUAUAAUGGACUUUCUGACUGUGAGGCAUCUCUGGAACACAGUAUAUGAGGAGUUUUAAAGAGUUGGAGCUAGAGAGGCAAUAAUAGGCAGUCUGGCAGUGUAAUAUCCCUUGAUGAAGUGGCAGAGUUAAUUGUAUGUAAUGCAGCACAUUGUUUUUAAUUUAUUUUCUGGUUCUAAUUCUGAACUUGCUGAUAUUUGACAUGAAGUUGACCGCAGUCUGUGGCAUAACUAGCCUGUAUGUGAGAAUUGGAAUACAGUGGAUUGAAGACUG